AUGGUUGACCUCAACCAGCUAAUGGAAAAUGAAGUACUCAUGGCUUUUGCCUCCUAUACAAUAAUUAUUCUUUCAAAAAUGACGUUGAUGAGCACUGUAACUGUAUGCCAUAGAAUCACAAGAAAGGUUUUGGCCAACCCAGAAGACUGUGCAAGCUUUGGCAAAGGAGAAAAUGCUAAGAAAUAGCUUUGAACAGAUGACAGAGUGGAACGUGUUCGAAGAGUCACCUCCACACUAAGUCUGUACAUCAGUCACCAACUUCCCACAGAAACACUGAAAGGCAAGAUUUCUAACCAUGAACCUAGAAGUUUUGCUUACUUCCUGCACCAAGCGCAGCUGACAGGUGUAACUGAAACACGAUUCCUUGGGUCAGCGUGAACAUCAGGGUAGGACUGCCCUGGGGAACAGCGGUUGGAGAGCCAGUCCCCACAGGGCUGACCAUGCAGUUUGAGUCCUGAACCCAGUUGGGGAUGCUCUCAUGUGUGACACUCACACUCUCUUCUCUUUAUCUCUCUCUUGUACACUCAUGCAUUCCUUUUGACAUUGAAAAAAGGAAGAAACAUUAAAUAUAAGUAAAAUAUACAAGUUGAGCUGGCUCUAUGGCCUAGUGGCUAAGGCAGCCAGCCAGAUCCAAACAUG